AUGAAAGAAAUCGCUAUUCCAAAAAGGCAAAAGCUACCCGUCAGUCCGAUGGGUUCUCCAGAUUCGGUUAAAGAAGGAACUAAUUCCAGCUCAACAACUCUCUCCCUUGCCGGUGGCGGUGAUAAUGGUGAUGAUGUUGGUGGCAGGGAUGGAGCAGAAGCGUUUGGGGAUUGGGGUCAAAGGAAACAAGGAAUGGAUGAGUACUACCAGAAUAUGAUCAAAACUUACCCUGGAGAGUCUCUUCUUCUUACAAACUACGCUAAAUUCUUGAAAGAGGUACGAGGUGAUCUUGUGAAAGCUGAGGAGUACGAGAGAGCGGUUUUGGUGAAACCAGAUGACGGUAAAAUUUUAUCAAUGUAUGGAGAUUUGAUAUGGAGUAACCAUAAAGAUGGAGCUCGUGCUCAAUCUUUUUUUGAUCGAGCUAUGCAGGUCUCUCCUGACGAUUGCCAUGUCCUUGCAUCUUGUGCUCGAUAUCUAUGGACUGCUGAUAAAGGAAAGGAAGAACAACAAGAGGAAGGGAAAGAUAAGCAGAAGAAUGAACAUCAAAGCAAUGGUACUAAACCAUACAUAACCUUGCAACAUGCCCCAUUUUCCCCCCAUUUAGCAGCUGCUUCUUAUUAA